CACUAAAAUUUCCUGACCCAGUCCAACACCAAACCUCCAUACCCCGCCCAACCUUUUAACCCCUAUUCCCUUUUCUUCCACAACAACAAACAGUAACAAUAGCAUACAACCAUAUCCAACGGCUUUAACAAUAACAACAUCGGCAAUAUCGAUGUCGAACAACACUCAAACCACCGGAUGAUGGAAAAUCCGGUGGUUUUUCCACCUCUCCCCUCGUCAGUCCUCUCUCCUCAUCCAUAAUUCCAGCCUGUCUCCAUCAACAUCACCUCAAUUCUUUCUGAAAAGGAAGGAAUAUAGAGGUUUAACGGUUUUUGGGAGUAUUUUUUCUUUGAUUCUGUGGACCAAUAAUUGUUCACAUUGAAGAAUCGAAAUUGUCAAAAUCAAAUCUCAACCAAGUCUAAAUCUUUCAAAUCCCUCUGAAAAAGGUGAUUUUUGUUUUUCUUCAUCACUACUUUGAAAGCCGUCACUUUUCAAAAUUCAAAUUUUGAAUCUUCUAAAAAGGCUUCUACAAGAAGCUAUUACCCAUCCAAUUUCGCCUAUAAAAAAGGGGGUCUUUUCCACCUCUUAAUAAGGUUAAGUGGUAGAGAAAUUAGGGAAUCCUUAAGUUUCAUCACAUGUUCUUAUUCACUGCUUUCUCUAUUUUCUUUGUUAUAUUCUCCUUUGUUCCGAUUCGCUCUCACCGCUGUCGUUGUUUUCUUUCAUCGGUCGAGUUCGUAGUCGAAGAUAGUGGCGGAAUCGCUAUUCGACUCGUCUUCUCAGUUCGCUGUUUCGGAGAAGAGAAUCGUUCAAAGCACCAAAACGAUUCCGUUACAAUGAACAAAUUGAAGGAAGUUGCCACUUCUAGAUUGAAGAAGUCAACAGGUUCAAAAGCGACAGCUAAAAAGAUGUUUGAUGCUUCUGGUCGACCGCGUCUUCCGAAGGUCCUAAGGAGCAACACACCGAUGGUUAGUCUGAGCGCGUCAUUCAGACUUUUGGAGGAUAUAUUGAGAGCUCGUGUUAUUGACUUCAUACUCUUUUAGUUUCUUGAUGGUUAAUUUUGUGUUGCAGUAAACUACAACAGGUACUCCUAUGGUGUAUUGUACUAGAAGUUUAAGUUCUAUCUUUAUUUUUGAUUAGUG